UUUUUUUUUUUUACGCUAGUUUGCCUUCCAGCCUUUUCGUGAUUCAAGCCAGCCCCAUUUUCCGUAUAAAAGCAGCUCAGUUCACUCAGCUCUUCAGAAGGUGCCUGAACUUAUCCUUAGCAAAAAGACAGCUUGUAAAGCAACACAUUCAAAAUGAACAAGGUCAUUUUUAUCUUCGCCCUCAUGGUGGCUGUAGCCGUGGCUUUGCCACAACGACCAUUCCGUCCACGUCCCGGUGGUUUCCAGCAACCAGGGUUCGGAGGAUUCAAUAAUUUCGGUGGUUCUGGAACCGGAGCUGGAGCAGGAACCGGUAAGUGCUGGCCCUGGAGGUGUAUCUGCAUCUGGAGUCGGUAUCUCAAGUGCUCAAAAUGGCGGAUUCGGUACUGGCUCGGGUACUGGAUCGGCAUUUAUUGGUCCCUUUGGUCAGGCCGGUGCCACUGGCCAGGGUACUGGAAGCAGUUUUGGGAAAUAAGUUAAAUCUAGCUUAUUGAAUCAUUGUUAUUAUUGUGCAAAUACUGUUAGUUAUAACCUUUGAAGUUUGAUUCUGGAGUUGAAUUUUUCAAUCAAAUACAUUUCCUUAAAUUGUC